AUGAAUAAAGAACUAGCCCAAGAAGCCUUGUCCGAUUUUCUUGAUCUGGCCUAUAAGAAGAUAAAAAAAGAUCAAAACUAUCCUGUCCAGUCUUGGUCGGCAUUUUGUCGAGAAUAUCAAAAAUUUCUAAAAACAGAAGAGAAAUGGGAAGAAAUUUGGACUAUGUAUGGUUCAAGACCUGACUUCAAUAGUCUGCACUUAAUGUUGGUCAAUUUGAAUCAGGAACAAAGAGAUAAUAAGCCGGAUUGGUUAAAUAAUGAACAUCUUGAAGUUGUUACUAGAUACCUUCAUAAAUCAUUAGAAAAUACUCUUUCGUACAAUGAUGAACUAGCUCAAUUUGUGCAUUGUAAUCAGACUGAGGGAAGGAACGAUACUAGUACAACAAUAAAUACAGUAAAUGAGGCAUCGCCGUCAUUAUCAAUUUUGACAGCAAAUAUGACAACGAAUAUUGGUUAUGUACAAAAAAAAAGAAGAAAUUCAUCUUUACAAUCUAAAAUAGUAACAACAACAAAUGAAGCUGUGUGGAAAAAUCCCACGGAAGAAAUCGUGGAAGAUUUUCGGCUAUACCGCGAAUGGUGGUUAACAACAGAUUGUGGAGUAAAAAUUCAUAAUAUUAAGUUAAGCAAAAUUGAUCAUUGCACUGGAGAACUCGGAAAUAAUACUACUUGUAAAAUCUGUCUAGGUAUAUCAAGAAACAUUUUGUUGCAAACGGAAUGGACGUCGGUGACGACGGAAGAAGAUACAUUAGACAUAUAUAGACAGGAGUAUGAGCGGUUUUAUCGAUUUCGGAACCAUUUGGCGAUUAAUCGCUAUUAUGCGGAAAAUGACAUAAUACCACGCACAUUUAAUUUUGAAAUACCUGUCCAGACACCCUCACCCUUACUCCGAAAAAGAUGGGAACAAAUAGCAUCUGAUAUGAGAAAAGCAUUUUUACAAUGUAAAGCGGAUGCCAUUCAAAAGACUAUUGAUGAGACGAGACUAAAACUUGAAACUCUACGAGACAAAAUACUGAAAAUGAAAAAAGAACAACAGAUGCUGGAUAUCGAAAGAGGGGCGAGUGAAUUUCUGAGCGAUUUUAUCGAAAAAGCUUGGAAUAAAGUAUUCCGCUUAGAAAUGAAAGAAAAAUUGCGCCAAAUUAUGUUUCAAUAA